AUGCCCGAAAAAGUCCUCGACCCCACCCAAGACCCAUCGGUCACCAAACAAUACGACACCCAAACCUCCCCCGAAGAGAAAUUCCAAGACUUCUACACAAUCGCCGACAACCUCGGAGUCUGCAUGCUAGGAACCCACCGCCCAAACAUCGGUCCCGUCGCACGUUCCAUGGCUAUAGCAAAACGCUCCGGCCCCGACUUCUUAUUCCUAGCCAACACCCACUCGCAAAAAUUCCGCGACCUGGAAGCCUCCCCACAAGCACAGGUGAUCUUCCAAGACUCGAAAACUCAAGACUGGAUCUCCGUGUCCGGGGAAGCGACGACGAUGAGUACUUCCGAUCCGAGGAUCCAGGAGAUUUGGACGAAGGGGGUUUCGGCUUGGUUUGGGGAUGUUGGGGAUGGGGUUCAUGAUGGGGGACCGCGGGAUCCGAGGAUGGGGUUGAUUGUGGUUAAGAGUAGGUAUGUUAGUUAUUGGAAACAUGAGACGGGGGUGUUGGGGUUUAUGAAGGAGGUGGGGGCUGCGAGUUUGACGGGAACGGUUGCGAAGACGGGGUGUUUGAGGGAGAUGCAUGAGAGUGAGAUUCAGAGUGCGAGGCAGAGGGAUAGUGCUUUGACGAGUUAG